CUGAGGCGGUGUCAGUAGAAGAAGAGCAGCAGGUUCAGUCAAGGCAGGGGCUUUAAAUAGGCUUUAACGCUCUGUGGGGGUAAACAAGGUUCCAAGUGUUUGACAUCUAAAAAGAAAAACUGCAGAGAACCUUUUGCAGUUGCUGGUUAAAGUGAUUAUAUUGAACCAUAUAUUGCUCUAGUGGUACCAGAACGCCACGAGAAAAUUUGAAGGACUGCAUUCUAUACCCAACAAGGGUAUUCCAGCUCUUUUGUUGGUUUCUGCUGGAGACAAAUGAGUCUGAGUCAUGGAUCAAGCUGUUGUGGACGGUCCCGUUACCCUUGUCAUCAGGGCACCAAACCAAAAGUACGGUGACCAGACCAUCAACUGCUUCCAGAACUGGACUGUGGAGAAGCUCAAAGCCCAUCUGUCAGAUGUGUAUCCAAGCAAACCAAGCUCCAAAGACCAGAGGCUGGUGUAUUCUGGGAAACUGCUUUUGGAUCAUUUUACCUUAAAAGAUGUACUCCGGAAGCAGGAUGAAUACCAUAUGCUCCAUCUGGUCUGCGCCUCACGAACUCCCCCCAAUUCCCCGAAGCCUCCCCGCAGCCACGGCAACAAGCCUCAAGAGAGCUCAUCCGGUUCCACGACCCUUCAGAACUCUAAUAGCCCUCCUCUUCCUGGUCAAGAUGCUCAGUCGGCUGCAGAAAACAGUGAUGGACUCAGACACCGAGCUGGAGCCUUUCCAUACCACCAGAUGUACCCAGGAUAUAUGCACAGCUGGACUCAGUUUUCUGCUCAGUUGACUCCUCCCACAAACACGCCUGUUUAUUACAGUCCCAUGUCGCUGGUAUGGUGGCAGCAGCUGUACGCCCAGCAAUACUAUAUGCAUUAUCAGUUAUUGGCAAAUUCCUCUCAACACAUGAGGCCAGAUCAGCCUUCGACUCGGGCUAAUCAGCCUGAUUCUCAGAGUCAGAGACCUCAGGCAGAUCGCCAUGGCAACCCAGAAGUCCAGAUGAACGCGCAGGGCGGGGAGAUCCUCAACGAGGACGAGCUGAACCGGGACUGGCUGGACUGGGUGUACACAUUUUCACGUGCUGCGAUAUUACUCAGCAUAGUUUACUUCUACUCGUCCUUCAGUCGGUUUGUCAUGGUGAUGAUGGCGAUGGUGGUGCUUUACCUCCACCAGGCAGGCUGGUUUCCUUUCAACUUAGAAAAUGAAUUGCAGCUUCCUGGUGAAAGAGCCAAUCAGGACGACGUGGACGGAGAACAACCAAACCAGGACUUACAAGAAAUGGAAGGAGCAGCGGAUGACGGCUCAGAUGACGACGGGGAGAGCGGAGAGGAAGGAGCAGAAGAUCCAAACAGCGUCCCUCACGUGGGUUUCCUGUCGUCUACGUGGUCCUUUAUCAUCACCUUCUUCAUGUCGCUCAUCCCAGAGGGGCCGCCAAACGCCGCUAACUGAACACCCCACACCCGAACCUCUGGAGGGCGCACGGUUUUCUCCACAGAAGCACAUUUGUUCUUUAAGAGGAGGGUGAAUAUCCUGCCUGCUUGGGGACACUGUUUCUGUUGCAGUGCAGUGUUAUUUCUUCCCUGUAGUGCACUCACAUCUAAGACCAGGACCGAAACGGAAACGACCGAGCUAACCUGUCACUAAGACACGCAGAGGGAGUUUUUGUUUGUGUGAAAUAAAAACCGUCAGAAGAGAAGAACAUUAGCCGAACAGCUGUAAACCGGGACUGUUAGUGAUGCCUUGUAAUCCUAGUUAAAAUAAUCCUAGUGUGCCAUGGCGUUGUUUCUGUAUAAUUUAUAAAAUAGGGACAGCAGGCACAUAUUGAAUAUCGAAUAGUAAUUACAGCACUACUUGUGUUUAAUAACCUGGAUCUCAUUUUUUCUUUGUAAAAGGCUGCAGUAUUUGUUGUAAUCGUUUCAUCUGAAUUGCAAUGGAUUUUUUUAUUUUUUUUUUCAAUUCUUGUUCUGGUUGAAAAUAAGGCAUUUUCAAAGUGCCGCUUUAGUUCAAAAAGUAAAAAAAAAACAGAAGCGAGUAACAGCUUCCAUGAGCGAUUUUUGUCUGAAACCUUUAAAAAUGUGUGUGAACACAUUGUAAACUGUGGUUAAGUGUAUUCCAGAGUGAUGUUGGCUACUGAAAGUUGAAGAGCUUUAAAAGCAUAGAAGAAGCAGGAGAGGGCGAAGAAUUGAUUUUUCCGCUGCUCGUGGAACGUCAGAGGAUGGUUGUGAAGCGUCACGAGGAUGAGAAGGAGUCGGUAAAUUCCCUGCCGUUGUUGUGAGAUUCAGAUUCAUAGUUUAUGCAGGAGAAAGGAUGCACAUUUUGAGUUUGUAAAAAUGGCUGUGUCUGUUACCUUAAACAUGCAGUGAAUAUUAAAAUGCAUUGUUUAUUAAACUAAUCUUGAAGGUAAAGUA